GGUAAGCAUGUAGCUCCGCCUCCCUGCGGUCACGUGACGGAGCUAGCAGCUAGCCGUUAGCCGUUAGCAUGUAGCUCCGCUGGACUCAGCGCCCGCAGACGAACCGACCUACGAACCCCCAAAAGCCCCCCUCGGUCGGUGUUCGGUGGAGUGGCUCCAGACACCCCCCCCCAAGGGCUGCGUCAACCAGCUCAGCACCCUGCCCCCUGCUCUGACACUCACUAUCAGCAGCCCCAUCUAGAGCCGGAGAUCUGCUCUGUCUCCACCGGCCUCCAGGAGUCCUCCGGCCUUUAGCCCAGAUACAGAGGGAGAGGUGGAGAUGCAGAUCCCGUGGUAACACACUCACUGAGAAAUCUUUAUGGUGCAGCUGGACGUUGAUUCCGUAAUGACAAGCUUCUGUGAAGAAGAUGUCCACGCUGUCUGCGACUGAUAUCCCAGAUGUUGGUCACGGUGAGAGGCAGGUGUUUGACCCCCCCCCUGUGCUGCGGCUGCCCUGCUUGGUGGAGGAGCGUGUCGACGGCGCUGGGGCCGGUCACCGUGGCGUCAUGUUAGGGAGCCCCCUGCGGGCCGACGAGCUGCCCUCCCUGGACGGCUCGUCGCUGGGGGAGAUGAGCAGCCCGCUGCCCGCGGAGCACGGAGACAUGAAGCUGGAGCCGGCGGCGGGGGGCGGUGCCGCCCACUCAGGUCACGAAGGUGGGGAGAGCUCUCCUCGCCGCUCAGGUGAGCUGGAGAAACCUCCCCUUCAACCGCUGAAGCUCCUCGGACAGAAAAAACGGCAUUCCAGCUCCGUUGACGGGCAGCCGGCGGUGAAGAGGAAGAAGGGGCCCGCCCCCAAGAUGCUGGGCAACGAGGUGUGCAGCGUGUGCGGGGACAAGGCGUCGGGCUUCCACUACAACGUGCUGAGCUGCGAGGGCUGCAAGGGCUUCUUCCGCCGCAGCGUCAUCAAGGGCGCGCAGUACGCCUGCAAGAGCAGCGGCCGCUGCGAGAUGGACAUGUACAUGCGGCGCAAGUGCCAGCAGUGCCGGCUCCGCAAGUGCCGAGAGGCGGGCAUGCUGGAGCAGUGCGUCCUGUCGGAGGAGCAGAUCAGGCUGAAGAAGAUGAAGAAGCAGCACGAGGACGAGUCGGCGCGCGCCUCGUCGGUGGCCACGCCCACGCCGCCCCCGGAGCUGCUCAGCCUGGGCCCCGAGCAGCAGGCCAUGAUCGACAAGCUGGUGGCCAUGCAGAAGCAGUGCAACAAGAGGUCCUUCAUCGACCGGCCCAAAGUCACCCCCUGGCCCCUGAGCCAGGACCCCCAGAACAGGGAGGUGCGUCAGCAGCGGUUCGCCCACUUCACAGAGCUGGCCAUCAUGUCGGUCCAGGAGAUCGUGGACUUUGCCAAGCAGCUCCCCGGCUUCCUGGAGCUGACCAGAGAGGACCAGAUCGCCCUGCUGAAGACCUCCACCAUCGAGAUCAUGCUGCUGGAGACGUCUCGGCGCUACAACCCGGCCAUCGAGAGCAUCACCUUCCUCAAGGACUUCAGCUACAACAAGGAGGACUUCGCCAAAGCAGGGCUGCAGUUUGAGUUCAUCAACCCCAUCUUUGAGUUCUCCAAAGGGAUGAACGACCUCCACCUGGACGAGGCCGAGUACGCCCUCCUCAUCGCCAUCAACAUCUUCUCUGCAGACCGGCCCAACGUGCUGGACCACGACCUGGUGGAGCGCCUGCAGCAGCCCUACGUCGACGCCCUGCGCGCCUACAUCUCCAUCAAGAGACCCAACGACCACCUGAUGUUCCCCCGCAUGCUGAUGAAGCUGGUGAGCCUGCGCACGCUGAGCUCCGUGCACUCGGAGCAGGUGUUCGCCCUGCGGCUGCAGGACAAGAAGCUGCCCCCGCUGCUCUCCGAGAUCUGGGACGUCCACGAGUGACCGCCUCCCCCCUGGACCCGCCCCUCUCCCCACAUGGCUCCUCCCAGCUCUCCCUGGACCCACCCCUCUCCCCACCUGGCUCCUCCCAGCUCCUCCUGGACCCGCCCCUCUCCCCACCUGGCUCCUCCCAGCUCUCCCUGGACCCACCCCUCU